AUGACUGCUAUGUCGAACAUUCAGGAGUCGUUGCAGCCGAUAGACUUUGACUCCCCAGUCGUUGCAGCCAAGUCUGUCUUGAUUCCUCCUGGUAAGGAAUGGAGGGUCAAAGUGCCAGCUGAAUCCAAGCUGACAGUUAAAAUCCUAUAUGGUAUCGCAGAGCUAUUUGGUACGGAACUAACUAAUGAUAUCGAAUACACAUUUAAAUGUGCUAAUAUUGCUAUACUCGCUAUUGAUCAUGUAAAAUUUGAAUGGAAGAGUUCAGACCCGUUGGAGCCAUCUUUGUCGUCUGACACAUCGAUGCCCUACAUCUACAACAUGCAUUUUGCUUUGGAAAAAAUGAGGAUAUCAAGCUUCGAUGGUCCUAGAAUACUUAUAGUUGGAAAAUCUUCCUCAGGGAAGACUACUCUAGCCAAAACUCUCUGUGCAUAUGCAUUAAAGAGCAAAGCUUAUACCCCGAUGUACGUCAAUCUAAAUCCACAGGAAGGUGUCUUUUCCCCGCCGGGUUGCUUAACUGCCACACCAAUCUCAGAUAUUUUAGAGGUGGAAUCCACUACCUGGGGUCAGAGUAUGACCAGUGGUGCUACAAGGCUUCAUAAUAAGCAACCCAUGGUGAAGAAUUUUGGGUUGGAAGUGAUUGCUGAAAAUCGGGAAUUGUAUAUUGAGAUUAUGGACCAGUUGGCACGGAGUGUUGAUGGGAGACUGAAAAAUGAUCCUCAUGUGAGACGGUCUGGUGUCAUUGUUGAUACACCACCUAUAUCUCAUUUGGACGAAAGCUUUGUUGAAUUGGAGGCAGCUAUCAAAAACUUCAACAUCGGUACGUUAGUUGUAUGUGCUAGUGACGAUUCCUUGGCCAUCCAACUAAAUCAAAAAUUUCAAACUCAGGUACGCUCCAUUGUAAGAAUUCCGACCAGCCCAGGAACUGUCGAAAUUGAUGAGGUAGCUAGAAGGGCGUUUCAAAGAAGUCAAGUUAGUGAGUAUUUUUACGGAAAUUUGGUUACGGUUCUAAGUCCAUAUACCAUCGGAGUCGAUCUCAUGGAUGUGGUAAUAUGGAAGCCAAAAAGUAAGCUGACUACACCUGGCAUUUCCAAAACCACAAACAUGAUAGAAUUAGAUCGUGUUGAGGUUACCGCCAGUAAUUUGCAACAUGCUCUUGUGGCCAUAACAUACGCACCAAGAAAGAGUACCCCACAAGAAGUCCUGAAAAGUGAUAUUCUUGGAUUAGCGUUGAUUACAGAAGUUAACGAUAGCAAAAGGAAAAUGAGAAUAUUACUACCAGUUCCUGGCCGGUUACCUGAUAAGGCAAUGAUUCUGACUGCAUAUAGAUAUCUAGAAUAA